UGUUAGAAACUGAGGCAUGAUGUUUUAUAGGCCUAUGCGUAUUCCUUGUUAUAUUUUUUAAAGAUUUUGAUAUUUUGUGACAAAUGGUAUUUUAAGUUACUGCAGAAUUAAUGAUGUACUCUUCGAGAUACAAUAGGCAUAUUUAUCUCAUUGAAAAGGUCAAAGUUUUGUAAUUAUCGGAAGUUAAACAAACUAAAGGAAUCAAAGUUUGAAUGAUUCCCGUGUUUUAUGCAUAAGCAAGAAUCAAACAGCUACCGGUUGCAAAAUGGAACGCACAAUCAGGGCAAUAAUUGUAUUUAAUUUUGGAUGGUUUAUGGUGGGAACUGCACAAAAUGCUGAUUUCUGGAAUCGCCAGGCUAGCCAGACAUUGGAGAAAGCCAUUAAUUUACAAAAUUUAAAUGAAAAUGUUGCCAAGAACAUAAUAAUAUUCAUCGGGGAUGGGAUGGGAAUUCCCACUGUGACAGCAGCACGGAUCCUGCAGGGACAGAAGAUAGGAAAAUCGGGUGAGGAGCAUGUCCUAUCAUGGGAAAUGUUUCCACACGUGGGACUAUCAAAGACCUACAACAUCGACUCGCAGACACCCGACUCAGCCGGUACAGCAACAGCUUACCUUUGUGGCACCAAGACGAAUCGCGGAGUGAUAGGCCAGGACGGCAGGGCUAAACGAAGUAACUGUCUGUCCUCUUAUGGAUCAGAUGUUGACUCCAUCUUGAAGUUGGCAAAAGAUGCCGGAAAAUCUGUUGGCAUCGUAACCACCACACGAUUAACACACGCAACUCCGUCAGCACUCUAUGCGCAUGUGCCUGAGAGAAACUGGGAGUGUGAUGCCGACAUACCGGACGAAGAAAGUGGUCUAGGAUGCAAAGACAUUGCGCUACAGUUUGUAGAAAAUAUCGACAUUGAUGUGGCUCUGGCAGGGGGCAGAGGCAAGUUCCUUGGAGACAACAUGCGCGAUCCAGAACAUGAUCUUCUGCCUGGACAAAGAAAAGAUCGUCGCAAUUUGAUCAAGGAGUGGAUCGACUCAAAACCUCCGGAGUCAACAACACAUUAUGUCUGGAAUCAAGCUGACUUUGACGAAAUUAACCCGGAAGAAACAGACCAUCUUUUAGGUCUGUUUGACUACGGUAGCAUGAAUUACGAAUCGUUCCGGUUUAAUGAUACUGCUGGCGAACCAUCCAUUGCUGAGAUGACGGAGAAGGCCAUAAGGAUUCUGAAGAAAAAUGACAAAGGAUUCUUCCUACUUGUUGAAGGUAAUACUUAUGGCCGGUCUCGCAAAAACCUACUCAAAUUUAACCACCAUUUUAUGAAAUUGUUUUUGUUAUUCUCACCAUCAUUGUCGCUCUUGAUUAUUUAUAUUUUUGAUUGUAAGGUUGAUGGUGCUGUUGGUCUUGAUGGCUUGCCUUACACAACACUGUCGUACGCUAAUGGCCCUGGUGGCAUCGUAACAUUGGCGGGCUUUACUAUAUUUGGAAGACGUCUGGACCCAGGAAAUAUAACAGAAUCAAAGAUUUACAUCCAACAAGCGUUAGUUCCACGUUUCACUGGAAGUCAUGGUGGUGAGGACGUUUCUAUAUACGCUGAAGGGCCGAUGGCUCAUCUGCUACACGGCGUCCACGAACAGAAUUACAUCAUGCACGUGAUGAAGUACGCAGCGUGCUUAGGAGACAACACAAACCACUGUAACGAGCGCGAUGUUAGGACGUUCAACAAAUACGCUGGGCCAACUGGUAGAUCUGCCUCAAAGAGGCCCUCUUUGUUUGUCGUCAUUUUUUUGUUUAUUUUUGUCUGCCAUUUUCAAGAUGUACAUUAGUGCAAUAAACGUAUAUAACCUGAUCAACUGUUAUAUUCAGUGUUUGUGAAUUUGAAA